AUGGUUCUCAAAGCCAAUGGUGCGAAAUAUAGGUACAAUAAGGAACUGUACAGUGCUCUAAUGAGAGAAGAGGGGGACGAGGUGAUACGACUUUGCCAACAAAAUCCAGAUGGUCCAUUGUACAUACUAACCUUACACCAAGACACCGUCCUUCAUAUGGCCAUCCACUCCAGACAAACAAAUUUGGUGCUCAGUUUACUCAAAGACUUGCCCGAACAUCAAUUUCCCAAACUGAUGCAUACCAAUGACUUGGGAAACACCGUACUCCACGAGGCAGCCACUGCGGACAGCAUAGUCCCGGCGGCCAAGGAAAUACUGAUCAAAGCACCAAAAUUGCUAAGUAAGUGCAACCGGCGAGGAGAGAUGCCUCUAUUUCGUGCUGCCCGUUAUGGGAAAAAAAGAAUGUUUGAGUUUCUUGAUGAUGAAAUCAACAAAACCAUUCAAAAUGAAGCAGAUCUUAAGGUCUUUCAUUAUAGGAAGGAUACCGCCACUAUACUUCAUUUGGCUGUCCAAACCGAGCACUUUGAUAUAGCCCUCUUGAUUGCAAGAAAGUAUGAAUACUUGCUUAAUGAAAAAGACGAUGAUGGAAUGACUGCUCUUCAACUUCUUGCAAUCAAUCCAUCGGCAUUCGACAAAGGGAGAACACAAGGAUCUCUCCAGCAAUUCUUUUACUCUUGUAUCUCAAGUCUAACAACUACUACGACAAAUGGAGGUAAAGGGCUAUUGAAUAAGUCUAGCAUCCUGUUUUACUAA